AUGUUCCGUGCAGUGCGCGCCCCCGGCGAGCCGUCAUACGCGACUUCAUUGUCCGCCUUUGGCUACCACAUGAACGAGAAGCGCGAGUUCGUCGACAACACCACAGGAGCCUACUUUGACUUCUUCCAUUGCGAUAACGACCGUGUGAACGACGGCCGUCGAGGCGCCUUCCAGCAGUGCUUGCGCACGGAGAUUGCAUCAGUCCUGAAGUCGGAACACGGCAUUGAGGAGCUCUUCGUCGGCGGUUCAGAUGGGCAUGUCAUCUCGUACCAUCGUCCCGUUGGCCAGCAUAUCAGUCUUCUGGCCACUGAGCAGAGCAAACUGCGCCAGAAGCGAGAUGUCAUCGUCGUCGUCGGAGAGAGCAGCCAAGAUUGCGGCAUUUGGGCAUGGCGAUCGGUACAGAGGGAAGGGGGCGCGGACAAAGGCAGUCUCGCUGGACUCGUCCAGAGAAUCACUCUGCGCGCAGCGACAGAGACUCGCGCAGGCAAUGAGCUCGUCGAGGAACAGACUCCUGGCAUCAUCGUCUUGAACCCAGGACAGCUGGCAUACUCUCACCAGCUGGGCAGAAACAUGAGUUUGGCGUCCUGGCAGAGCCGUCUGCGUCCGACUGCCAUCAGCGAGCCGUACGCCUUGGACAAGAAGUAUAACUUCGUUCCAGGCCACCAGAACUCGAGCGAGCAUGUCCACACAGUCGUACGGCACGUUCUUCCACAGCUCACGGCUGGGAAUGCGCGCCUGCACAUUGUCGCCAUUGGAGAUGGCUCCACACCAACCCUCGAAGUGCUCAGUCAACAGAUGGCGAUGAGAGUCGGCGGUAUCCCAGAGUCAAUAGCCCUGAUUGAAACCGGACACGAACACGAAGAGAUCCUCAAUGGCGAUCUGAAGACUUUGCUCUCCUUGGCUGGCAAGUCCUGGGUCCAGAGCGACGAGCCUAAGGGAACCAAACUAGCCAUGCCAGACGGACCACUACUAGGGAUGCCAGCUCUGAGCUAUGCUCCAGGAACCAAUGCCAGCUCGCAAGACGUCAAUGGGCACAACUUCACAAUUGCAGAUGAUCAGGAUGGGGCCGGAGCCUUCUUCACGCAGGAUAGAGACCUGAACAUGGUCACGGAUCUGCUCGGACACCACGAUGUCAAUGACUCCAGCCGUGACGACCUGAGCGAGGCCAGCACCAUUAUCGCCGUUUCACCGGAGCUUCCCGAUAUCGAUGACAGCAAGGACUUCUUUGAAAACAAAGAGAAUAUUGAGCCCCGGGACUUCGCACCACUCCACCCCAACACCGACGGCGAUUCCUCCCACGUUGCGAUCGAGCUCCCAUUGAACCUUGCCAUCAACUCUCCUCCCGCGAUGGAUGUCCCUCCAAACACCCCCGCCGACACGCCUCCCGCUCUCGACAUGAUCGUGGAUGAGGUUAAUGGGGAAGGGAAUGAUAUCACAGAAGAUACGCUCGCAACCACCGACUUUGAUCCCGAAGUAGGAGAAGAAGAAGAUAUUGAUGAUGAUGAUGAUGAAGGAGGAGAAGAAGACGAAGAACCAUCUCCUGAACCCCCAGCGCCAGUUUCCUGCCCGACCUUCAGCGCCGGCGUAUGCGAUGGAGUUAUCGAAACCGUUUUCCCGGCAGUUAUGGACGAUGUCCUCGAUCAUCUCUGGUUUCACAUCACGCGUGUGCGAGAGCAUGAUACCAAGGAAGCUGCAGAUGCGGCUGCAAACGGUGUCGCGUGGCCGAGAGAGGGCGAGAGGCAUGAUGAUUAG